GAGGUCUCCCAGGAACAGACCCCAGGAAGUGCUGCGUAUGCUGGAGACUUUGGAUUCAAGGUGUUGACCUCUUCUGACCCGGCUGAGAAAACCAAAAAGCUUAAUGCCGAAAUCGCUAACGGAAGGCUUGCGAUGAUGGCCAUCAUCGGUAUGUUUUUCCAGGAUGGUCUGACCGGAAGCGCCUGGGGAGACUGGGCCAACUACACAGCAUCUCCUUUGCGCGCAUUCGAGAAUGAACUUGGCGUGCAGGCGCCCGUGGGUUUCUGGGAUCCCGCCGGCUUUACCGCCGACGGAAGCGUGGAGGACUUCAAGCGACGUCGCGCCACCGAGAUCAAACAUGGUCGCAUUUCGAUGUUGGCCACCAUGGGAUACAUCACCCCAGAGAUCACUGGCAAAUUCCCUGGCUACUUAUCUCCAUCUGCCGGUUUGAAGUUCGCCGAUGUGCCUAAUGGUUUGGCUGCCAUCUCAAAGGUCCCAGCCGCAGGAUGGGGUCAGAUCUUGGCCUACAUGGCUUUCUGCGAGGUCUCCCAGGAACAGACCCCAGGAAGUGCUGCGUAUGCUGGAGACUUUGGAUUCAAGGUAUUGACCUCUUCUGACCCGGCUGAGAAAACCAAAAAGCUUAAUGCCGAAAUCGCUAACGGAAGGCUUGCGAUGAUGGCCAUCAUCGGUAUGUUUUUCCAGGAUGGUCUGACCGGAAGCGCCUGGGGAGACUGGGCCAACUACACAGCAUCUCCUUUGCGCGCCUUCGAGAAUGAACUCGGCGUGCAGGCACCCGUGGGUUUCUGGGAUCCCGCCGGAUUUACCGCCGAUGGAAGCGUGGAGGACUUCAAGCGACGUCGCGCCACCGAGAUCAAGCAUGGUCGCAUUUCGAUGUUGGCCACCAUGGGAUACAUCACCCCAGAGAUCACUGGCAAAUUCCCUGGCUACUUAUCUCCAUCUGCCGGUUUGAAGUUCGCCGAUGUGCCUAAUGGUUUGGCUGCCAUCUCAAAGGUCCCAGCCGCAGGAUGGGGUCAGAUCUUGGCCUACAUGGCUUUCUGCGAGGUCUCCCAGGAACAGACCCCAGGAAGUGCUGCGUAUGCUGGAGACUUUGGAUUCAAGGUGUUGACCUCUUCUGACCCGGCUGAGAAAACCAAAAAGCUUAAUGCCGAAAUCGCUAACGGAAGGCUUGCGAUGAUGGCCAUCAUCGGUAUGUUUUUCCAGGAUGGUCUGACCGGAAGCGCCUGGGGAGACUGGGCCAACUACACAGCAUCUCCUUUGCGCGCCUUCGAGAAUGAACUCGGCGUGCAGGCGCCCGUGGGUUUCUGGGAUCCCGCCGGCUUUACCGCCGACGGAAGCGUGGAGGACUUCAAGCGACGUCGCGCCACCGAGAUCAAGCAUGGUCGCAUUUCGAUGUUGGCCACCAUGGGAUACAUCACCCCAGAGAUCACUGGCAAAUUCCCUGGCUACUUAUCUCCAUCCGCCGGUUUGAAGUCCGCCGAUGUGCCUAAUGGUUUGGCUGCCAUCUCAAAGGUCCCAGCCGCAGGAUGGGGUCAGAUCUUGGCCUACAUGGCUUUCUGCGAGGUCUCCCAGGAACAGACCCCAGGAAGUGCUGCGUAUGCUGGAGACUUUGGAUUCAAGGUGUUGACCUCUUCUGACCCGGCUGAGAAAACCAAAAAGCUUAAUGCCGAAAUCGCUAACGGAAGGCUUGCGAUGAUGGCCAUCAUCGGUAUGUUCUUUCAGGACGGCUUGACUGGAAGCGCCUGGGGUGACUGGGCCAACUACACCGCAUCUCCGUUGCGUGCCUUCGAGAACGAGAUGGGUGCCCAGCCUCCCUUCGGAUUUUGGGAUCCAGUUGGAUUCACAGCUGACGGUGAUGUUGAUGCCUACAAGCGCCGUCGUCAGACUGAAAUCAAGCAUGGUCGCAUUGCGAUGCUUGCUACUAUGGGCUACAUGACACCAGAAAUCACCGGCAAAUGGCCGGGAUUCCUUUCUCCUUCGGCUGGUCUUAAGUUCGAAGACGUCCCAAAUGGUUUGGCGGCUAUUUCCAAAGUCCCUGUGGAAGGAUGGGCUCAGAUCUUGGGAUGGAUGGCGUUCUGCGAAACCUCCAAGAGCCAGGCUCCCGGAACUCCUGGUGCUGUGGGUGACUUCGGAUGGAAACUCAUCACGUCCGAUGACCCAGUGGUCAAGGAGCGCAAGCUCGCUUCGGAGCUUGCCAACGGCCGUUUGGCCAUGGUGGCUAUCAUGGGCAUGUUCUUCCAGGAUGGUUUGACGGGAAGUGCGUUCGGAGACUUUGCCAUCAAACAGGGAUCAGCAUGGCUUGCAUUCGAGAACGAGUUGGGUGUUCAGGCGCCUGUUGGUUUCUGGGAUCCAGCCGGUUUUACGGCCGACGGAAGUGUGGAGAACUUCAAGCGACGUCGCCAGACAGAACUUAAGCAUGGAAGAAUCUCAAUGCUGGCUACGAUGGGAUACAUCACCCCAGAGAUCACUGGCAAAUUCCCUGGCUACUUAUCUCCAUCUGCCGGUUUGAAGUUCGCCGAUGUGCCUAAUGGUUUGGCUGCCAUCUCAAAGGUCCCAGCAGCAGGAUGGGGUCAGAUCUUGGCCUACAUGGCCUUCUGCGAAGUUUCCCAGGAUCAGUCUGCUGGAACCCCUGCUGCCGCAGGCGACUUUGGAUUCAAGGUGUUGACCUCUUCCGACCCUGCUGAGAAAACCAAGAAGCUCAGUGCCGAACUUGCUAACGGAAGACUGGCGAUGAUGGCCAUCAUUGGUAUGUUUUUCCAGGAUGGCUUGACAGGAAGCGCCUGGGGUGACUGGGCCAACUACACUGCUUCGCCUUUGCGCUGAAUAGACAAACCUGUGCGGCUCUGGACAAAAGAUA